AUGAGCCCAUUCAGAAGCAAAUCCUCAAGUUGGUUUGCUCGCAAGAUGAUCAAAGUGGUGAUGCACUUGUCUUGGUACAAUAGGCAUUAUACCUCAGGUAAUGAGGCCCCUAAGGAGGUUCAACUGUGGCUUCUAGAGAAAGAAGCCAUAUGCACUAACCACCAGCAGGAUCUGUGUGAACACCAACACAUCUACUCUACAAUCUCACGCGUAUAUGCAGAGCUCUUUGAGUGGGUACAAAACUUGAUGGAGACUUUUCUGCAAGAUGAGUUUGAGAUGCUGAUGGAGGUUGCGUCUGUCUUGCCUGGCAAUCACUCUACGCCUUUCGCGCCCUUCAUAUCUUUGGUCAUCAACAUCAAUUCCAGCAAGCCUAAAGAGAAGGGAGCAAGGUCACUUACACCCACACCUCCUGUAGCCAAGACCAGAGGGCGAAAGAAAGCAUCUGGGUCCAAGGUGCAGGUUUCAGAUGACCAAUAUGAAGAAUUCCUCAAGUUUCAAGCACAGAAGAAAAAGGAAGCUGAGUUAAAUCACAAAGAAAAUGUCCAAAAGAAAGUGGACGCUUUGUUGGAUGAAGAAAGGUUGCAAACAACAUCUGUUGUUCCAGAUGACAGUGACAUGGACCAUAUAGAUGACACCAAUCCUGCAGACAUUUUACCCGUGGUUGUUCCUCCCAAAAAGAAAGUAUCUACAGCUAGUCUUGAUUCUAGUGAUGAGGAUGCCAAAAAUGAGGCAGAUGGUGAUGGUAAUGAUGAAGGUGGUGAUGUUGGGGAAGAAGACGAAUCUCUAGAGAGCACAGGUGUUAGAAGGAGAACCAAUGGGCUUAUUCAGGUCAAGGAUAAGCCCAAGGAAGAUAACGUAGAAUGUAAAUGUAGGAGAAGAAUCAGCAAAGGUGACAGGAAACCGCCUACCACUUUAGCUUCCUUGAAGAAGGAUGGCUGCAGUCCUUUAGUGGAUCUUGCUCACCAGCUACUCCGUAUCAAGAUUGCUUUAGAGACCGCCUUUCCAGGACCUUCAGUGGAUGUGCAGGAUUCCUUUUCUUGGGACUGUAUCAAGGAAGCGGUCAAGAAUCCUGGCUCUCCCUUGAAGUUAAUGUUUGAUGUCAUUAGUCAAGAUGACGCUUUGAAAAAUCGUGCCAUGGCUUAUGUGUGGUCUGGUGCAAGUCAGCUGAGAGGGGAGCUGGUUAGAAAGGCAAGAGAGAAUGUAGCAUUUCUAUUGCAGCAAAUGAAACCUAAGGACAUUGAGAUAGGAGAGGUAGCUACAUGGCUCAUUUCCACCAAAAAGGAUCCUUUUCUGUGUGGAGAAUUGGAUCUGAAGACUAAGACCUUCAACAAGAAUCUCCCUUUCCGUGCUGUUCUCUUGCGUCAACUGCUCAUAAGUCAAUUCUUUCAAGGAGCUGGAUCAGAAGGUCUACUGUACAAGGAUUUGUUUCAGAAACUCCCUGACAAUCUUCUUGCUCUACUGGCUACAGCUGCUGAAUGCACUUUCAAAGAAUUCAAGGAGCCUGUCUUUCAACCAAGACACCAGUACUAUAUGUUGAAGCUGGCUGAAUAUCACAAAUGUUCACCCAUGUAUAUGGAAAAACUGAAGCAAGAUUUGUGGGCUGAGAUAGGGGAGGCAUGUGGCUUUGUAAUGAGCAAUGAGGUCGAUGAUUCUGGUUCUGAAUUAGAUUUUGAGGCUAUGGAGGCGUAUGGUAGAUUACAAACCAACACUAUAGUUUCUGAUGUCAUGGUCGCAUAA